CAGAUCGUAACUCGAAGUAAUAAUAUAUGAACGCUGCAGCCCAGCUGCUUUUCCUGAUUAGAGAUGAUUAUAACUCUGAUUUAUUUUAGAUACAACUACAGCCUAAUCUGAGCCUAUAGGCUAAUGAAAAAGGUACUGCAGCGCAAAGACGUACGUACGUACAGGUUUGCAUUAUACAAUAGAUCAAUUGUCAAGAGCGCUUGGAUUAUAAGACACAUCGCAUAAUGGAAAGUAUUGACAGUAUUUACCGGCCGGUAUGAGAAAUGAUGACAUCCCGACGACAGUGUGAUCGUUGGUCAACAGGUCGUAGCACGUACUAUGCAAAUGUACAGCCUGUGAACCACAACUGCCGAGAAUCUGUUUGGCCGUUCAUCGACCAUCGGCGCCGUAAGAAGAUCACGGCAAACGAUGUGUUAUGCCCAGAGAGCAGACAGGCUUCUUUGUGACGAAGUAAACGUCUAAACGAACACGCUGUCUUCGUCGUCGCUUGAUUUUUGCACCACCUAUAUAAGCGUAGCGGAAAUGCACAGACAGUAUCAACAUCUUUUAAGCUUCAGCUUCCUUAAGAAAAUCUAAUCCUUUAAACCAUGGCGUUCAUCGCAUCCAUCGGUGCCGUUCUCAGUGUGAUAGUGGUCGCGGUGGCGGCGCAGUAUGCUGUGAGCAAUAAUCAGUAUGGGAUACAGUAUGCCAGUGGAUAUAAUAACGGUGGCGGUGGAUUAUAUGGAGGCGGGGGAUUCAGUUCCCUGGGAUCGGGAUAUGGGUCCGGCGGAUUAGUUAGCGGCGGAUAUGGCGGUUCCGGUUACAGCAGCGGCGGUUACGGUGGCAACAGUGGUGGUUAUGGCGGUAACAGCGGAGGAUACGGGGGUAACAGUGGUGGAUACGGAGGUAGCAGCGGCGGAUAUGGCGGUAGCAGUGGCGGCUAUGGCGGUAACAGCGGGGGUUAUGGAGGUAACAACGGCUAUGGUGGGUCGAGCCUAAAUACCGGAUACGGUGGAUCCGGAUACAGCAGCGGAGGAUCGGGAUACAGCAGCGGUGGAUACGGUGGCGGUCUGAGCAGCGGUUACGGAAGCGGCAUGUCGGGUGGGUACGGAGGUGGUCUGUCCAGUGGCUACGGAAGCGGAUUAUCUAGCGGCUAUGGAGGUGGUCUCUCCAGUGGUUAUGGAAGCGGCCUGUCUGGUGGAUACGGAGGUGGUUUGUCGAGCGGUUAUGGCAGUGGUCUGUCAUCGGGUGGAUAUGGAGGCGGUCUCUCCUCCGGUGGAUACGGUGGCGGUUACAACAGUGGCUCCAGCUAUGGAGGCGGACUCUCCGGUGGUUACGGUGGAUCGAGCUACAACUCCGGCGGCUACGGAGGUGGACUGUCUAGCGGAUAUGGUAACAGCGGAGGAUACGGACAGACUAGCCUGUCUGGAUCUUACUAUGGCAAGAAAUAAUGUUUCACUCAAUGUCUUUCCGAUACCGGUGCCAUUUUCCUGUGAGCGCGUAUACUCAUACAGUAAUUUAUUUUACUUGCACAUGUUUUUUCUUCUUCAUUUUGGAUGUGAUGGAGCCGUUUUUUAAAGAAGGUGAUGAAUAUGAUGUUGGUUUUGUCAGAAAGUCUUCAUUAAAUAAAUCCAUACGUAUAAAUAAUUUUGAGUAAAU